CCCGAUCGAUCAUUCAUUCAUUCCCUCCUCGUCGUCUUCACUCUCCCACCUCCCCAACCGCCCGCCCCCCGACAGGAGCAAGACAAAAUGCCAAAUAGAGCCACACAUUGGUGUUAUGCUUGCCGCCGUCCAAUUCGUAUUAGGGGACAAGAUAUGACAUGCCCCAACUGCAAUGAUGGUUUUAUACAAGAAAUUAGUGAGAUGGGUGGUAUGUUGAACACCUAUGGUAUCUUUGACCCGAGCUUUGAUGAGCGUCGAGUUAGAAGUUUUGGAAUGGUGGAGGCUAUGUCUGCCCUUAUGCGACAACGGAUGGCAGAAAUGGGCGGAAAUCGUGUAUUGGAUUUCCAUGGUAUGAGAGGGGCAAGCAGUCAUCAAAGAAGGCAGCCUGCUGUUCGAUCAAUGCUGAUAUUUGGCAGCAAUACACCUGCUCAUGUAAGCAGCAGUAGUGAAGAAGCAGGUGUACUCAGGAGAGGCCGCAGAAUUGGCUCAGAUCGUCCAAAUUUCAGUCGUUUUCUUGUCGGUCCCAGUCUUGAAGCUCUAUUCGAGCAGCUGCUUCUGCAUAAUAACCAUCAAGGACCGCCACCAGCUCCACAGUCCGCAAUUGACUCUAUGCCUGUGGUAAAGAUAAACCUAAGGCACCUUAGAGAUGAUCCGCACUGCCCUGUUUGCACAGACAAGUUUGAGGUUGGAACAGAGGCACGCGAGAUGCCAUGCAAGCACCUGUACCAUGCUGACUGCAUUAUUCCCUGGCUGGUUCAGCACAAUUCUUGUCCUGUUUGCCGCCAUCCGCUGCCGUCAUCUUCACGCCAUUCAGGCAGCACCCGUUCAUCUUCAACCCACUCUAACGAGGCCGUUAGCCAUGGGGUUGCCGGAUCUAAUGUUGAUCAUGUUGCAAGAAGCGACGACAGUAGAAACCAUGAAAGUCCCGGUUCUCUCUCGUUUCUCUGGCCAUUUGAUUCACCUACUCCUGAUUCCAGUUCUUACAUGUACGAAGGAGGCGUUGGUGCUGGUGCUGGUGAGCCUACUGUCCAUGAUGAUGCUGGCCAAAUGACCUAUUCUGAGUGGCACUACGACUACUGAACUUCCUGCAAGUCCCCAGAACAUAUCUUGUUCAUUCCUCUCGCCUUCAACCUCUUGCAAGAGAAGGUUCAUAGUUUACAGGUGUCGUGUGGAUCAGUGGAUGUGGCUACUUUCCGAAGAAAACCGAAGGCUUCUUGCCCGGAACUCCCACCUCGUGUUGCAUGUGUAGUUCUAGCGCCUGUGCUGGAGCUGUAUAACUUGUACAUCCACUACUGAGCAAUGAACUAUUGCUGUACUGCCAAGGAUGCUACUGUCCGUUAUAGACUUGUAGUAAACUACAAGUGAUCUGUAAUAUGUUUAAUCAUUCAAACGAA